AGAAGAGGACGCAUUGCUAACAACAAGAUGGCGGCGUCGAAAGCAAGUUUAUCAACCCUUGGUGGAUUCACUUUUGAGAACUGCAAAAGAAACGUAUUUCUGGAAGAAAAAGCGAAUGAAGUUGGCUGUAAUUUGCCUGCUGCUCGUAAAACUGGAACUACUAUUUGUGGUGUUGUGUACAAGGAUGGUGUUGUCCUUGGAGCUGACACCAGAGCUACUGAGGGCAUGGUAGUGGCUGACAAGAACUGCUCCAAGAUACACUACAUUUCACCCAAUAUUUACUGUUGUGGAGCGGGAACGGCUGCAGACACAGAAAUGACCACUCAGAUCAUCUCCUCCAAUCUGGAGCUGCACGCCCUCUCCACGGGCAGACUACCACGUGUGGCCACUGCUAACCGCAUGUUCAAGCAAAUGCUUUUCAGGUAUCAGGGCUACAUUGGUGCCGCUCUGGUUCUUGGUGGAGUGGACUGUAACGGUCCUCAUCUUUACAGCAUCUACCCUCAUGGCUCUACGGACAUGCUUCCAUAUGUCACUAUGGGAUCUGGAUCCCUGGCUGCAAUGGCAGUGUUUGAAGACCGAUACAAACCUGGCAUGGAAGAAGAGGAUGCCAAGUUGCUUGUGCGUGAUGCCAUCGCUGCAGGAAUAUUCAAUGAUCUCGGUUCUGGCAGUAACAUAGAUCUAUGUGUGAUUACCAACGAGAAGGUGAACUACAUCCGACCCCAUGAUGAACCCAACAAGAAAGGUUCCAGAACUGGUGACUACAAGUACAAAAGGGGAACCACUAGUGUCUUGACAAAGCUGGUGACGCCCUUCAACCUGGAUGUGAUGGAGGAAAAUGUGCAAACUAUGGAUACUUCCUAGAAUGUCAGCUGUUUUUUUUUUUUUUUUUUUUUUUGAAGCCUCUUCUUAGCAUUCAAUAAAUUCAGCUUUAUUCAUGUUUUUUUCCC